GUUGGAAUGCGAUGCUCUUCUUGAAUUGCUUCCCGACCUCGCAGCUAACUUAAUCAGUCUCUACUUAAUCGCUCCCGAUCAUGCUAAGGAAGCCCUCUCGAAUGUGUUUGUCCUGCGCCGAGAUCAAUUGGAGGGCUCACUGAGACAACUGUUCUUUCUUCCCAACUUGCCAGGGUUGGAAGAGUUUCAACCGAUCCUCAGCACAGUGUGUCCUUGGCGUGAUCUGUGCCUUCCGGGUGCACCUUAUCCAGACCCAUCAGAACUCCAGUUGGCACCUCCUGACAACUUUGCCGAUCUGCUGACGGCAUGGCUUUCAGCGUUGAGUCACUCGAGUCGCCCUGUUCGUCGCAUCUGCCUGGCGUCUCUCGUGGCGAAUGCCGGU